CAGAUCCUCAAGAGAGAAGAUCCUUAUCUGAGAGAAUCUGGCUACAGAAAGAUGAAUGGAAGGAACGUGUUCUAAGAGCUACUCACAGUAAUUCUGAGGCCUGGGAUUACCAAGAUGGGCUCAGAGAGCCUCUUGCCUGCUCGGCGGCUCUGGCUUGUUUUAGCUGGGCUUUCCCUGCUGCCUUUGAUGGAGCCAUAUGGAUUCAGAAAAGGCACGCAAUACGCAUUUGACAUCCACCACGUGUUCUGCAUCCGGAAGAAGAUCACCAAUUUGACAGAUGCCAUUAGUGACAUCCCGGGAUAUACCACUCACCUCAACCUCACACACAACUCUGUUCAGGUCCUUCCUCCCCACAGCUUCACGAAUUUGCCUGCCCUGGUGGACUUGAGACUGGAGUGGAAUUCCAUUUCGAAGAUUUGUGAGAGGGCUUUCUGGGGACUCAGAAACCUGACCCUCUUGAAUUUAAUAGAAAAUAAGAUUCGAAGUGUGAUGGAUGUGUUUCAGGGCUUGUCCAAUUUGGAGACUUUGCUCCUGAGUCACAAUAAAAUUUCCCAUAUUCACAACAAUGUCUUCAUCCCUCUGCUCAAACUGAGACAUUUAAGCCUCUCUCAAAACUUUAGUACUAAUUUUUCCAAUAUCCUUGAUGCAGUCCAGUAUCUUCCAUGCCUGGAGUAUCUUGUUCUUACUAACAACAGCAUCAUCUUCUUGGACCAAAGUCCCAGGACACUGCUUUCCUUGACCCAUCUGAGCCUGCAGAAGAACAAACUAAGUGAGUUAGAUUUCUCUGCUUUCUCUUUGCCAAAUCUGACCACUCUGGAUGUCUCCCAGAAUGGGCAAAAGGCCAUUCAGAAUGUGUAUGUAGAGACUCUGCCCCAGUUGAGCAGUCUGAAUCUCAGUGGAACGGUGGUAACAUUGGACACAAUUCUGCCCAAACAUCUACAGAAUCUAAGGGCAGUGGACCUCAGCAACUGGGAGCCUUGGCAUGGUCACUUGAACUUGAGCAGAAUGUGUUGGCUCUUCAGAAACUUACCGUUACUAGAGGCUUUGGUUUUUCAGAAAAGCACCAUUGAUGCGCAGGGUGUGAGGCACCUUGCCAACUGCACCAGGCUUCUUUCUCUCGACCUGAGCCACAGCACACAUCUGGUGCAGCUCAGUGGCAGUGAAUUCGUGGCUAUGCCCAGCCUUGUCAAAAUGUGCCAACUUGCCUUGGUCAGGAACAGCACCUGGAGUUCCCUCCAGAACCUGACAUUCCUAGACCUGAGCCACAACACAUUCAAAUGGCUUCCGGAUUUUGCAUUUUCUCCCUUGAAGAGCCUACAGUACUCUCUUUCUCGAAAUCCCAUCACAGAAAUCAAUAAUAUGACUUUCAAGGGGCUGUAUUCACUGAAGGAGCUCAACUUGGCUUAUUGCUGGAUUGUGACUAUCGACAGACACUCCUUCACCCAGCUCCCGAACCUGGAGAGCUUAGAUCUUGGAGGCAACAACAUCCGCACCCUGAAAUGCAGAACUUUUAACCCCCUGAAGAAGCUCCCCGUUCUGAUUCUCUCACAGAACCGCCUGCAAAUCAUAGAGAAGCAAGCCUUCUACGGCCUCACUUCCCUUUCUAACCUUGAUCUGACAUACAACAGCUUGUGGGGUUUGGAGACAGACUUCCUCUCGGCACUGGAAGGACUGGAAAUUUUGAAUCUCAGUUUUAAUCGAAUCACAUAUGAAAGUACCAAAACCUUGACAUUUCCUCCAUUUAGGAAGCUCAAGUAUUUGAGACAGCUCAACUAAGGACAGGUGCAUGGGAUUCAGGUUGUACCAGUGAACUUUUUCCAAGGGCUGGAUGCCUUGCAGGAGCUGCUCCUGGGCAAAGAACCCCUGGUAUUCCUCGACCAUCUCCAGCUCGAUCCCCUGAGGAAUCUCACCAACUUAGACAUCUCAGGAACACAAGCUGGAGACAGAAGCCUCUAUUUAAAUACAUCCUUGUUCAAAAAACUCCAAAAAUUAAAAGUACUGCACCUUGAAAGCAACAACCUAGAGUCACUGACGCCUGGAAUGUUCUCUGGCUUGGAAAGUCUUCAGGUCUUCUGUUUAAGAUUCAACAGCUUGAACGUCAUUAAUCAAAGCCACCUGGAAAACUUGAAGUCUCUGAUGUACUUUGGUCUCUAUGGGAACAAGCUGCAGUGCAGCUGUGACGAUCUGUGGUUCAAGAACUGGUCCACCACCACAGCCACCGUCCAUAUCCCCUACCUCCGGAGCUACCCUUGUCAGCAGCCGAAUUCUCAGAGUUUGUUCGUUGAUUUUGAUGACGCUUUGUGUAAUUUCGACCUGGGAAAGAUUUACUUCAUCUGUUCCUUCAGUCUAGUGCUCACAACCAUGAUCUUCUCCUGGCUCAGCGCCAAGAUCACUCCAUCACUGUGGUAUGGGCUGUACAUAUUUAGAGCCUGGUACGUAGCCAAGUGGCACAGGAAUGCGAAGGAGUUUGUCUAUGAUGCCUUUGUCUCUUUCUCUGCAACUGAUGAGCAGUGGGUAUAUGAAGAGCUUGUUCUAGCUCUAGAAGAAAGUGGCCAGCCUACCUUUAAGCUCUGUCUCCAUCACCGGGACUUUGAACCAGGGAUGGACAUCUUUGGCAAUAUCCAGAAUGCCAUCAACACCAGCUGGAAAACUCUGUGUGCGGUCAGUAGCCACUACUUGCGCAGUGAGUGGUGUCAGCUUGAAGUACAGCUGGCCAGCAUCAAGAUGUUCUACGAGCACAUGGAUGUUAUUAUCUUGAUCUUCCUGGAAGAGAUUCCUAACUAUAAGUUGUCCAGCUACCACCGACUCCGGAAACUCGUGAGCAGACAGACAUUCAUCACUUGGCCAGACAAUGCCCACGAAAGGCCACUCUUUCGGGCUCGCAUUAGAAAUGCAUUGGGCAACAGAACAGUGGAGCAAGACAAUGCACAGCUCCUUGUGGCCGAGUAACCAGGAGCCUUGGGGCCUCAGAUCCUGCUGCCUAAUGUUUCCCAAGGUCGGGGGGGUGGGGGCUGAGUGUGACUAAAGGCA